AUGAAUGAGGAUCAUAUGUCUGGGCCCCCCUCCCGUUGGCCCAAGAUGAGCCUCCAGCAACAACUUACGAAUGCCGAGCAGAGCAUCGGGCGGAUGUUCAUCAGACUCGAGAAUGCUGAGAAAGAGAAAGCCGAAUUGCGUGCACAGAUCGAGUCUCUACAAAAACAUGGGCCUGUCGCUCAGCAAGGUGGCGACCAACCAAUGGAAUAUCCCAGUCCAGCGACAAGCUCAACCGAGGAGGUGAAGGCAACGGAAGGUCGAGAUUUGAAGGAGAAAUAUGAAGCCCUCGGCCGCAAAUACGCUGAUCUGCAGGCGAGCUUUGCAUCGCUCAAGUCCGAACACGACGCUUGCCACCAGCAGAUUGAGUAUGCCAACAUGAAGGCCGAAGCAGCCCGCACAAAGGCAAUAGAGUACAAGAAUGGCGCAAAGGCCUGGAAAGCAUACGCUGAGCACCAAGACCGUCAGCGAAAGUCUACUACAGCUUCAACCUCAGCCCAGACAGACAACGAACGCCCAAAUUCGACUGCGAAAAAUGGCGACCGGACCGAAAAUCAAGAUGCACGCGAUGGUGCUGCAGAAGCAUGCGCCGUUGGAGUACAGGGUCGAAACCACAGUGAGCAGGCUGCCCUGAAUGUCACUGGAGAUCUGCCGUCGGAACUACCGCAAGCACACGAUCAAACAGGCGAAGAUGAACCUCCCAAAGAGCCACACUCACCCAAUCCUCGCGUACCUUCGAGCCAGACCACGAUCGUACCAUCGAGCGACGAUGAUCCGAAGCAGUCAAAUGAGGACGAACCGAGCAGCGACUUUGAGCCCAUCUUCGUUUCAGCUCGUUGCUUGAAGCGUAAGAGAGGCAGAUCCACCGCCGGCACUCCACCUAGACGAAUCAAGCAGGAGCACCAAUCUCCCAUUAAUGUGAUCGAGUUGGAUUCGGAUCCAGUUGCUGAUGCUGGGCUUGCACAUCAGUCGUCCGUAGCCAGCAUUUAUUCAGAUCUGGAUAGACCUCUGAUCCCAAUAAUCACGCCUCGAAGACCGAGACGAGUCCAGGACCUACAAGUACGAGCAACGUCAGAGGAAGCCAUCAGGCAGGUACCGCGGUUGACCAGAAAUAGCUCUUCACGUUCGGAUGGGGGCGUCGUCGAUCAGGCUUCGCGUUCUGAACCAAAUGAAGCCCCAUUGCACGGUCGCACAACUGAGCCGUGGCCUCAAAAUGCAGGAGCUUGUGCUACAGAACGGCCUAGUCGCCUGGAUCGCCUAUUCGACCGCGGUACGACUGGACCAUUGCAGCAGAUCAGUACUAAUGUUCCAAUUGUGCCACGAAGCAAGGGAUUAGAGGCCAAAGCAAAGCCCAAAAAUAAGCGGACAGGUUCUGCAAGCCACGCUAUAUUGCUAUCUGAAGCUAGCGACAUAUCCAGCCAGAUCUCGUCACGACCCUCGAAAGCCCAGGCAGUAUCUGCAGUGGAAGCGGAGGAUCAAUUGGAGGACAUGCUUAACGAGCCUGCCACUGAAAGAACUCCGAAUCUGCUGAAGAAACAACCGCAGCGCAAUCAGCCGGCAGCUGCUCCCACUCCCCUCAUCACACCCGUUUCCAACAUCAAGCGCAAAUCUCCUCUAAAACGACGAAGUCCAUUGAAACGCACCAAUAACUCGCCCCCUCGCGCAAACCCCGAAGACGAGCCUCUCCGUCUCCGUCCCGUCGGAUCUCUCAAACUCGAAGAUUUCAAAAUCAACCCUCAAUACCAAGGCACAGACUUCGCCUUCGCGGAUACACUACGAGGCCGAGACCAACGACGCGGUCUACACGCCUGCACUCGCCCCGACUGCUGCGGAGGCGCCUUAUCAAAAGUCAUCGCAAUGGGCGGCAACGCCCUCUCCGGCAAAACCGACGAGCAAGCUCUCGACAUGUACCUCGGACCCCAAUGGCGAGACAUGUUCAGCAAACUCAAUUCUCAGAAACGUAAAGAAACCCUUACGCAAGCUCAUGCUCAUUGCUUUGCUCAUCAAUAUGGGAAACAUCGACAGGCUUUUGAAAGAAGAAAUACUCCGCCGGGGUUCUGGAGGACGGAUUUCCCUACGACGCAGGAGCAGGAGGAGGAUCGGGAGAAGGCGAGGGAGAUGGAGAGGAGGGCUGUUGAGGAGAGGUUUCGGGAGGCCUGUGCUGGUGGGGGGAGGUGGGUUUUUAGAGAUGAGUAG